AUGUCAAGUUCUCUUGCAGCAAUAAUAGGAGGAGCUGCAGGAGCCGCGGCAUUGGUAGGGAUAUCUAUAAUACUUUUAUGGUUUUGUUUGUUUCGCCAAACAAGCGUUUCUAGAACUUCAGAGACAGGGUCUUCCGAUCCUUCACAGGUGGGAAGACAUGGUGGAAUUGAGUUGCAAAUGCGAGAUACUAGGCAUUUUGCAAUGGAAGAACUCUCUCACGCAACAAAGAAUUUCACUGACAAAAAUUUGAUUGGAGAAGGGAAAUUUGGUGAGGUUUACAAAGGCUUACUUCAAGAUGGGAUGCUUGUAGCUAUCAAGAAGCGCCGCGGUGUGAUUAGUCAGGAAUUCGUUGAUGAGGUACGCUAUCUUUCAUCCAUUCAACAUCGGAAUCUAGUUACUCUUAUCGGAUAUUGCCAAGAAAACAAUCUACAGUUUCUUAUAUACGAAUAUGUGCCGAAUGGAAGCGUCUCCAGUCACUUGUAUGGUGCUAGUCAACAACCACGAGAGAGGCUAGAAUUCAAGCAUAGACUCUCAAUAGCUCAAGGUGCAGCUAAAGGUUUGGCUCAUCUUCAUUCUUUGAGUCCGCGUUUGGUGCAUAAGAAUUUCAAAACAUCUAAUGUUCUUGUCGAUGAAAACUUCAUUUCUAAGGUCGCGGAUGCAGGGCUUCGUAAUUUUCUAGGGAGAGUUGAAAUUGUAGGCUCGUCUUCACAAGUGGCAUCAGAUGAGAUAUUUCUUGCACCUGAGGUGAGAGAGUUCAGACAAUUUUCUGAGAAGAGCGAUGUGUAUAGCUUUGGGGUAUUUUUGUUGGAAUUGUUGAGUGGGAAGGAAGCAACAGAAUCACCCUCUAUAAACACAAGUCAAAAUCUGGUUGAAUCGGUGCUAAGUAAUCAAGACAGCAGCACCAUGUCUGCGAUCAUUGAUCAAAGAAUGGAAAGUAGAUUCACAGCUGAAGGAAUGGAAAACUACAUUCUACUCUUAAUAAGAUGUUUGGAUCCUUCAAGUGAAAGAAGACCUUCCAUGAGCUACGUCGAAAUGGAACUCGACCGAAUCCUCGAAAAAGAGAUGAACUUAACAACAAUGAUGGGUGAAGGAACACCAACUGUAACUCUUGGAAGUCAAUUAUUCAAAUCAACUAAAUAA